AUGAAUAAAUUAAAUAUAAAAAAGAUCGAAGAUCCCAAUUUAUGGUUAUAUGAGAAUGUUUUAAAUAGUAGUACUAAAACGAAAGCAGCAAAAAUAUUUAACAAUGAAUUUAAAAAAAAAGCAGCAGAAAAAUUGAAAGGAAUUUUAAAAGAUUGUAGAAAAUAUGAUAAAGAAUUAAAAGAAUUAAAUAACAUCAAGCAAAUAUCUUUUAAUAAUUUACACCCUAAUAAAAAAUUAGAUAUAAAUUCGUUGACUUUAAAUCAAUUUGGAGAAAAAAGUGAAAAAAUAAAUUUGAAAUAUUUUUUAAAUGGAUAUAAUAAAAGUUAUGUUGAUCAUAAUUUGAAGAAAUAUAAUGUAGAAAAGAAUAAAAAAUCCUUAGAAGAAAUAAAAAAGAAUGAUAUUUUAAAGCAGCUAAAAGAAAUUAAAAAAGGAGAAUUUUCUAAAAAUUAUUCAUUUUUCCUAUCUCAUGUAAAUUACUAUGAUACCUAUUUAAAAGAAAAAUAUAUGAAUGAAUUUUUACAUAAUUAUAAUAAAAAAAGUAAUUUAGAAGAUUUUGAAAACUUAGAUAAAAGUAAUUUGGAUAUGAACUUUAAAAAAACAGAUGAUGAACAAAAUUCAAUUACAAAAAAAAGCGAAGUAAAAAAAAAUGAUAGUAGUAUUAACAGAAAAUAUGAUGAAUUUCUAUGUAAUUCUAAUACACUUGAUUUAAGUAAUAGCGAAAAUAAUAUAAAAUCGUUAAAUUCUACAAAUUAUAAAAAUAUAAAUGAGGUAGAUAAUAAUAUUAAUAAUACUCACUUGAAUUUAAAAAAUAAUAUAGAUGUUAUAUAUAAAAAUAAUAUAUAUGAUAACUUUAGUAAAAAACUAAGUGAAAAUUCUCAUAAUAUUUCUGAAUAUUCUAAUAAUUUAAAUAAAAAAAAAUCAUUAAAUUCUGAAGAUUCUUACAGUAAAAUAAUGAAGUUAAAUAAAUUUAAUAAUAAUAUAAAUAAUUUAAACACUAUAAAAAAAGAUAUGAAUUUAUUAAAUAAAAAUAAUACUUUUAAAGAGGAUAUAGUUAAAGAAAAUGAAAACAAUGUAGAGAAUUUAAUUAAAGAAACAUCGAAAAAUAAUAUAAAUAAAGUUAAUUCUAAUUUUAAAGAAAAAAACGUUGAUGUAGAUAAAAGUAACUUGGAAUAUUUAAAUAAAGAGUUUAACAAUAAUACUAUUAGAAGUAUUAAUAAUGAAUUUAAAGAAACAAUUGUUACAGAAAAUGAAAGCAAUUUAGAAUAUUUAAGUAAAAAUUCUUUUAAUAAUUUUAGUAAUAAUGAUAAGUAUAAUUUUAAUGAAAUCAAAAUUCAAAAAAAUGAAAGUGCUGUAAGUAAUAAAGAAAAUACAAUAUAUGAUAAAAGAAUAGAAAACAAUGAAAAAAAUAAAAUUAUAAAAAAUAAAAAGAGUCAUUUUAAUAAUUUAAGUAUUUUUGAAAAAAUAAAUAGUGCAUCUUUAUAUAGAAAUAUCGAUGAUAUUUCAAAAACUGAUAAUGAAAAUAUAGCUAUUUCGACCAUAUUAUUUGAUUUAAGAGAAAAAAAGAAAAAAAUAGAAAAUAUUGAAAAUACAGAACACCCUAAUAAAAGCAGUAAUGAGAAAUGUAUUUUUCAAAACAAGGAAUAUUCUGAUAUGACUAGUAAAAUUAAGAAAGAAAUAAAUGAAGAACAAAUUAUAAAAAAAAAAGUAUAUAUAUCUAAUAAAGAUGAAAAAUCUGAAAUAUGCAAUUUAAAUAAUCAUUCAUUAAAAAAAAGUAAUAAUUUUAUAAAACAGUAUGAAUAUUUAGAUAGUAAUAAUAUUACAGUUAAUUCAUUAAGUCAUCACCUAAAUAUAGAUAAAGAAAAAAUAAUUAAUGUAUGUAAAUACAUUUUAGAUAAUGAUUAUAUUAAUAAAAAUACAAGACUAGAAAAAGAGGUAGUUGAGUUAUUAUGUGAAGAAUUAAAUGUAUUAGAUAAAUUAAAAUAUAGUUCUAUAAAUUUAAAAAAAAGAAAUCCUAUUGUAACUAUCUUGGGUCAUGUAGAUCAUGGAAAAACUACAUUAUUAGAUCAAUUUAGAAAUUCUAAUAUAGCAAAAAAUGAAAUAGGAGGGAUUACACAAAAAUUAGGUGCUUUUGAAGUAUUAGAUAAAAAAACUAAUAGGAAAAUUACAUUUUUAGAUACUCCAGGUCAUUCUGUAUUUAAAAAAAUUAGGCAGAGAUGUGUUCAGUGUACUGAUUUAAUUGUAUUAGUAAUUUCAAUUGAUGAUGGUAUAAUGAGUGAAACCAUAGAAUGUAUAGAAUUAACUAAAAAAUAUAAUAUUCCUUUAAUAAUAGCUGCAAAUAAAAUUGACAAAUAUAAUUGUAAUUUGGACAAAAUUUCAAAAUCCUUAUUAAAUUAUGAUAUUGUAACAGAACUAGAAAAUGGUGAAGUACCUUUAGUUCCUAUAUCAGCCAAAAAAAAUAUUAAUAUUGACUUAUUACAAAAGACAAUAUUAAAUGUUAGUGAUAAGUUAAACUUAAUGUGUGAUUAUGGAUCAUUGUGUUCAGCUUAUUUAUUAGAAAAAAGAGUAGAUCCAGUUAAAGGAAAAUCAUUAACAGUAAUAUGCAAAUCAGGAACAUUAAAGGUGAAUUCUUAUUUAUUAAUUGGACAUUCAUAUACAAAAAUUAAAAAAAUUAUAAAUUGCGAUGGAAAAGUAGUCAAAGAAGCGUAUCCAUCAGAAGUCGUUCAAAUAACUAGCUCUAUAUCUUUUGCAGAUGACAAUAUAAAAUAUGGAGACUUAAUUUUAGAGAUGAGCAAUUUAAAAAGUGCACAAAAAAUAUCCAAAUAUAAAUUGAAAAUGGCUCAAUAUAAUCUAAUCAAUAAUUAUUAUUUAGACAUUGAUAAAGAGAAAAUGUUUUCAUCAGUUGAAAAAAAAAGAAACAGUGAUAUCUUAAAUAAAAAAGAACACUCCAAUAAUAUAAAUGAGAGAAAUAUGAAAAAAAAUGAUUUAAAUUUGAAUGAAAAAAAAAUUCAAAAAAAAAAAAAAAACAUGAUGGAAAUUAAUUCUUUUAAAAUACCUCAGAUCCAUUUAAUAAUAAAAACAUGUGAUGAAGGUAGUAUGGAUGCUAUAAUAGAAGGAAUAAAUGAUUAUAACAAGAAAGAAAAAAAAGAAAAGUAUUGUGAUAUAAAUAAUUUUAUUGAUAGAAAUUAUGUCAAUAAGAAUAUUUUUAAUGAUGAAACAGAAUUAAGUGAUUUUUUUGAGAAAUGGGAACCUUUUAAAAUUAUUACAAAAGGAAUUGGAACAUUUAAUAUCAACGAUUUAAAAUAUUGUGAGCAUGUGAAACCUUGCUUUUUAAUUGGAUUCAAUAUUGAUGUAGAUAAUAAAAUACAACAUGUUAUUGAAAAUAAUAAUGUUAUUUUACGGACUCAUAAUAUUAUUUAUGAGUUAUUUCAAGAUAUUGAAAACAUAUGUAAUUUCUAUUUUGAUUCAAUGUAUGUAUAUGAAAUUGUUUCAAGAAUGGUUAUAACGAAAACAGGAUAUUAUACAUUAAAAAAAAAUAAAGCAAAAAAAAAAGUUUUAUCUGUUGAUAUCAAAGAGGGAUCUUUCAAUAUAAAAAAUUAUUUCACCGUGUUACGAAAUAAACAACUUAUCCAUGAUAAAAUUACUAUUCUUUCUAUGCAGAAAAACAAACAGAAUACUACUGAAUUAACAAAAACAAAUAAUGAUAAUGCUAUUAUUUUCAACACUAAUGUCGACAAUUUUGAAACGGGAGAUGAAAUCAUUGCUUAUAAAAAAGUUACGAGGCCACCUCUUUUUAAUAAAAUCAAAAAUUUUGAUUUAUCAUUUUAA